AUGGAGGAAGAUCAAAAUUUGCCCAUUUUAUAUUUUCAUCAUGAAGACUUCGAUGAUAAUCUUUUGAUUCGCAUAAUCGAAUUAGCUGCUGAGGCUGCAGAUCUGAUCACAAAGGUAUCAGGAUGUCUAUCAAGGGAGUUCAUAGCAAAUACGCUUAAUUUUCGAAGUCCUCGACGUGGUAUUACAGAUCUUAGUCUCACAUACUUACAGUCCAAGAUGGAUAAUCAUCCUCAAGAUUUUCGUAGAAUUUACCAUCUUGGUCUCACAUACUUACAGUCCAAGAUGGAUAAUCAUCCUCAAGAUUUUCGUAGAAUUUACCGAACGUACCCAGAUUGCUUCAUGAAGUUAUGCAAUAUCUUGAGAGAGCGGGGCCAUAUACAAGACACAUACCACAUUAGUGUUGAGGAGAUGAUUGCUAUUUUUCUUCUCACGGUCUUGGUAUCUUUAGCAUCAUGCUUGAUGGCAUCACCCCCUACUGAUCCACCUGAUAAGGUUAAAUCAGAAUCUCGCUUUUGGCCUUAUUUCAAGGACUGUAUCGGUGCAAUAGAUGGGACUCAUAUACCGUGCAUGGUGUAUAACAUAGAUCAGACGCCCUAUCGAAAUAGACAUGGUUUUCUCUCUCAGAACGUCUUGGCAGCUUGCACAUUUGAUCUCAAAUUCAUUUAUGUCUUAGCUGGGUGGGAGGGUUCUGCUAAUGAUGCAAGAGUCUUGAAGGAUGCAAUGAGUAGACCUUAUGGACUUCCACUUCCACAGAAUAAAUUUUAUCUAGUUGACUGCGGCUAUCCAAAUAGGCUACAAUUUCUUGCUCCAUACCGAGGUCAAAGGUACCAUCUUUCAGAGUUCGGCCCUGCUAAUAAUCGACAACGACCACGAAAUUCAAAAGAAGUUUUCAACCAUCGGCAUGCGUCUCUUAGAAAUUGUGUCGAGCGCAUCUUUGGAGUCUUUAAGUCUAGAUUCACUAUUUUCAAGAGCCAACCUCCAGGUUUUCCGUAUGCCACACAAAUAAAGAUGUUCGUUGCAUGUGUAGGAUUGCAUAACUUUUUAAGAUUGGAGAAUACAAAUGAUGACUUUGACAUUUAUGAUCUUCCACUAGAAGCUCCACGAAAUGUUGCUGAUGCAGAUGAUGACUCCGAUGAAGAAGAUGAGUUACAGACUCAACAGACUCAACGAGCAGCUGCGGGAGCUUGGAGAAAUUCUAUGGCAGAGGCCAUGUGGGAUGAUGGAAGUCGAGUCACUCUAGCCAACCAGCUGAUGAACGAGUGCCUGGGGAUAUUGGUGGUCUCCCAUAUUGUAUUGUGCCAUGGUACUGAAGUUGAAACAGGGGAAAGAGCAGUAUAG